UCUUUAGCACACACCUUUCUGUGACAUAUUUCUGCACAGCACAGUUUGGCCUCGUUGGGUAGGAGACACAAAAUGGUACACCCUGCCCCAGACCGUCCAGCUCGGCAAUGGAAAUGAGCCACAAGAGACACCCUACACACGUUUCUGCUGAAGGAAGUUUUCGAAAACGAAAGCAGGACAUUUCGCACACGCAACAAAAAAGGGAGGAAAGGGAUGGUAACCCGUCCUCAGCUGUGAUGUUGGCAUUUAAAACAUUUCAGCAGGAGCUAGACACUAAGCAUGAUAAGUAUGAGAGACUGGUGAAACUGAGUCGUGACAUUACCAUCGAAAGCAAACGGACCAUUUUUCUUCUUCAUAGAGUUACUAGCGUUCCUGAUGUAGGGGAAGUGCUGGCUGAAUCUGAAGACAAGUUGGAUGGCGUAAAACUGAAGAUUAAGCUGAUAGCUCUGGAGCUCAUAGGGGAAGACCUGUACCAGUACCACCGAGCCUUCACUCCAGGGAUUCAGGAGUAUGUGGAGGCAGUAUCUUUCCAGCAUUUUAUCAAAGAACGUUCAUUGAUUAGCCUCGAGCAAAUCAAUAAGGACUUGAUUUUCACUGAAGAUAAACAAAAUGAAGAAUCUGAGGGUCUAUCCAGUGAUUCCCAGGAUGGGAAAGACAAAACCGUCUGCUUCCAGGUGACUCCAACAGACUACCUCUUAGGAGUAGCGGAUCUGACUGGAGAGCUGAUGCGCAUGUGCAUUAGCAGUGUCGGCAACGGGGAUAUAGAUACACCCUUCGAGCUCAGUCAGUUCCUGCGCCAGGUCUACGAUGGCUUCUCCUACAUCGGCAACACCGGACCGUAUGAAGUCUCAAAGAAGCUGUACACUUUGAAGCAAAGCCUGGGGAAAGUAGAGGAUGCCUGCUAUGCUUUGAAAGUGAGGGGCUCCGAGAUCCCGAAACACAUGCUAGCUGAUGUGUUUUCUACCAGAGCUGCUCUGAUUGAGUCAGAUGAAGGAAUUUCCUAAAUAUUGUAUACUGUACUGCCUGACAGUUGAUUAGUUUUGGUUUGACAUAGAUACUGCCUUUUUCCAAAACUUUAGCAAAAUCUUGAAAUAUUUAGGGUCAUUUUUUUAGGGCCCUCAAUCAAAAUGCAGUACUCUGGAUUGAUCUAUUAAAGUUUAAUAUUCAUUAAAAAAAAAAAAAACUGCCUACACUGUUAAAACCCAACAAUAGUCCAGAAUAAUUUGACUCUCUCACUUUUUGUAAUUUACUAAAACCAGAAUUAAAAUAAUAUUUUGCAAACAACUGGAAGCUUUAUAAUUAGGGCCCACUGUAUCAUCACUUAGAAAACCCUCAUCAGCUAUUAGUUUGACCAUGGUUAUACAAGUCUUAAGCAUGUAACAGAGUAUUUUGUUAAACGUUUACCGAAAAUGUACUGUUUUAUGAGGAUCAUUAUUGCUUCUUUAGACAUUGCGCACCUGGGUUCAUUAACUCUGGAUGUGAAUAAUGAAGGGAAAAUGUAACAAAGUGUACUUUGGUAAAUUAAAAAGUAUAAAACAACAGUUUGGUACAACCUGUUUAAUCUGUUGGACAUAGUUUUCAGUUUACAAAAACAAUACAAAUACACCAUUUACUUUCCAAAUUCUAUUUUAAUAUUUGUUGCUACCCUUCACCUUGCUUUUUAUGAAUUUGAUUGCUUCAAUACUGACAUUUUAAUUAUUUUGUCUCUAGCAGUCAGUAAGUCUUUUCAUGGUUUAAUUAUUAUUUUUUUUUUGAUAGUUCAUAGACAUCUCUUGCUUCCUGAUCCCAGAAAAACCAUGCAAGACUUCAGCCUUUUUAACUUGACUGGUUCCACCUGUUUCAUAAAUACAUGUGUCACAAAAUACAUAAACCACAUGUGAAGGACAAAAGGGUUCAAGGAGGGUAUUGUGUGCAGGCAAAAAUAGCUGGAUAACUCCUUCACACAAUGGGAGAUUGUGUUUGAAUUUAGCAAAGAUGCCCGUUUUGACCUGUGCAAAUAAUGUUAAUAUGAUUUAAGGUCAAGGUGACUUAAGGCUUUGAGCAUCUCACUUUGAUCCACCAACUGGAAUGACCGAAUACCAAAGAACUGAUGGGGCCAAGAGGUAUGAGUAAUUGCAGGCUUACACUUGGCCAGAUAACUAAUCUCAAAAGCAGAUGACAGCCAUCGAGAAAAAUUGAGCCACAAUAUGUUUCCUGAUUAUUCUGCCUUCUUCGUCCCAAUGAUCAUGCCAGGUAAUUUUAAGGUGAGAUGAAAACCGCAGACUGCAUACGGUAGGACGCUUCAUGGGGUGACAGCAGAUAAGAAAUAUUAGAAUUGGAAAAUACAAUCGGAUGUGAAUGUUUUGAAAGUACACUCCUAGGUAAACUUUACAUGUUUUGUGAUUGGAGUAUGUUGCCUUUCAUUGUUUAAAAAUAUUCUGUAACUUAAUAUACUGUUUUACUUGAUUGUAGAAUUAUUAUUAUUUUUUUUAAUAUCUAAGCUUUCCAUGAACACUAAAGGGCAAAAUAAAACCAAUAAAAAAUGUUUGUUUAAA